CCACAUAUACCAAACGGUGGUCUAUUCAAGAACCUUUUGGGGGAACGUGUCGUUCAGUACAAACCGUUGUUCAACGCAGCAAACGUUUAAGAGGACUGAACGCACCUCUACCUCGCCCUGUCUUUUUUCAUUUUGUUCUCUCGUUGUUUAUCUCUGCUUUUUUAGAACGUUGGAUCGCAGAGGGAGUUGUAGAAGAUCAACAAGGACGACUCAGUAACUAAUCAACCUAACAUCAAUUGUUGAAAGUAGCAACUAGCAACAGUGAAGAAUGUCGACUAAAGAACGGGGCCUGGUUUAUCUCGUCACCGGGGGUUGUGGGUUCCUCGGACAACACCUGUUACAGGUCCUUUUGGAGAAAGAGGAUGCGGUAACGGAAAUUCGACUUUUUGACAAACACAUCGACUCAAGUUUAAAUGGCCACAGCACAGAGCGGGUAAAGGUGGUGGUGACGCAGGGGGACAUCACAGAUUACUCCAGUGUCCUGGAGGUGUCCAAGGGGGCAGACCUGGUCAUCCACACGGCCAGCCUGGUGGAUGUCUGGCACAGAGUCCCUGAGACAGUCAUCCAGGCUGUGAAUGUUCAAGGAACUGUGAAUGUGAUCAAUGCCUGUGUGGAGAAUGGUAUUCAGUAUCUGGUCUACACCAGCAGCAUGGAGGUGGUCGGCCCCAAUGUGAAAGGAGACCCCUUUAUCAGAGGUGAUGAAGACACCAUCUACAAUGUUUAUCACGAUAUGCCCUACCCCAGGAGCAAGGCCAAGGCAGAGAAACUGGUGCUGGAGGCCAACGGCAAUAAGGUGAAUGAAGGGGCCUGCUUGUACACAUGCUCCCUCCGUCCCACAGGGAUCUAUGGUGAGCAGCACCAGCUGAUGAGGGACUUCUAUCAGAUGGGUGUGAGGACAGGGGGCUGGAUCAUUCGAGGCGUCCCAAAGGACACGGAACAUGGUCGUGUCUAUGCAGGUAACGUGGCUUGGAUGCAUCUGCUGGCUGCUCGCUCCCUGAGAGAGCACCCCCAACGGCUUGGAGGGGAAGUUUACUUCUGCUAUGACGACUCACCCUACAAGAGUUAUGAGGAUUUCAACAUGCAGUUCCUGUCUGGGUUCAACUUCCGCCAGUUCCGUGUGCCGCUAAUGGUGCUGUGGUUGGUGGCGUGCCUGAAUGACCUGCUCCGCUGGGUGCUGAAGCCUGUGUGCAGCUACACACCAUUACUCAACCGCUACACAAUCGCUGUGGCCAGCACCUCCUUCACAGUGGGUUCAGACAAGGCCCAGCGCCACUUCCAGUACCGCCCCCUCUAUGACUGGGAACAGUGCAAGGCCCGCACACAGAGAUGGGUGGACACCUUUCCCUUCGCAGGCCCCAAGGACUCCUGAUCUGUGCUGGUCUGGAGGAACCUUGUCUGGGCUAAACCGAUGCACCACACAUCAUAACCCUGGAUGGAUGGAGGAGUGAGAGGACUUUCUCAGAUUUAUAUUCUCACUAUGUUUGCUUCAUCAUAAGCAGUAUUAUCAUUACACGUAUGCAAACAAACUCUUGACCCCUGAACUCUUAAACCCUGAACUAUGACCUCCUGCAUGUGUUUUUCAAAAAUGGUUAUGUCCUCCUACCUGUCACUACUUGUGGCUAGGCUGUAGCUCCUCAGGCAAAAUGAUGACAAGGCAUGUUCCACACUGAAAUGUUCACUUAUCCAUCCCAUGAUCUUCUGAUUCACAUGAGAUGCUUCCCAGCCCUAAAUAAGAGAUAUUAUAUUGGAGAUUCAAUAUAAAACGUUUGGGGCUUUAUUGGACAUUGCAAUAUUCAUCUUCUUAAAAAAGGGGUAGAUAUAAUAGGAUUGUAGUCAUAAAAGGGCAUAGGUAUGUGAUCUAGGAAAGCUGCUCAUGAAUUGUUUUGAGUCUAUUUCCAACAAUACACAGUGCAAUACAUUGCUAUACAUAUUUUGCAGUACAUACAUGAAAAUGCAAUACAUUUUCCACAAGACAUCGUCACUACAUAGACUUGAUCUGUUUUUGUUGAAGAGCACUAGUGCAGAAUAAGUAUUUACAUCUUAGACAUGCUGUCACGCUCUGACCUUAGAUAUCUGCGUUUUCUUUAUAUUUUGGUUAGGUCAGGGUGUGACGAGGGUGGGUAUGCUAGUUUUUUGUAUUGUCUAGGGUUUUUGUAUGUCAAGGGGUUUAGUAGGUCUAGGUAAUUUGUAUGUCUAUGGUGGCCUGAUAUGGUUCCCAAUCAGAGGCAGCUGUUUAUCGUUGUCUCUGAUUGGGGAUCAUAUUUAGGUAGCCAUUUUCCCUUUGUGUUCGUGGGUUCUUGUUUAUGUGUAGUUGCCUGUUCAGGGUUCAUUCUUAUUAUAAUAAUGUAGGCAUACCACGCUGCGCCUUGGUCAGAUUCAUACGACGAACGUGACACAUGCAUUAAUGCAUGCAGAGAAUAUUGUCUGAUUAUGUCCUAUCUGAUUUUAGAGUUUUAUGAAUCACCUGCUAUACAUUAAGGUCAUUUUAUAAUCUGAAUGCACUGCCAAUUUAAAAACAAUAAUUAAAAAAUCAUUAAAGAUGACAUUUCCCAGUGCAUUCAGAUUUAAACUUCAGACAGAGAAAAGGUUAAUUUUAUAUUUCAUGCCUAUUGAUUAUUAUUAUUAUAAUUUUGAGAAGUAGCGUUAUUUAAAGAGCAACUGAAGGCAAUAAAAAACGCAUAUUCUAUUCUCUGGUAGAAAAUGGACUUAUCUCAAGCCAACUACAUUAUUGAAAUGUAAGCAUUUCAUGAGACACCUAUAAAAGAUGUGUAACAUGAAAAUAUUGUCCCAUUUACAAUGUGUAAUUUAUUGACGGUCCCUAACUAUCCCCAGAGAUAGGCUAUCCAAAGUCAAAACAAUUUUGACACUGUUGCACACCAGCCGGCAAAGAAGUUGGAUAGCUUGCUAGCUAAUUUAGGCUUCUUCCAGACACAAGACCUUGUUAGACUGUUUAAAGUUCUCAAAGGGUGUGUACUGUUUUGGCAGAGUGUAAGUACAAAUGCUUCCCAAGUCGGAACAAACACAAGAGACACCCACAUCAAAGACCCGAGACCCAAAACUCGUUUGGUUUAAUUUCCUAAUGAGGAGAAUGGAAACCAGGACUCAAUCGGAAAGUUCAGCCCCCUUUAAGAACACAAUAGACAUACUUGGAACACAGGAGGUUGGGGGCACCUUAAUUGGGGAGGAUGGGCUUGUGAUAAGGACUGGAGCGGAAUUGGUUGAAUGGUAUCAAACACAUGGUUUACAUGUGUUUGAUGCCAUUCCAUUAGCUCUAUUCCAGCCAUUAUUAUGAACCAUCCUCCCCUCCGCAGCCCCUGUGACUUGGAAAGCAUACUCUUUCAGUUUUCAAUAUUGUAUUGAAUAUGAAUAUGUAUUAUGUAUUUAUUUGUUUAAUUCCAAAUACAACUAUUUUAAUUAAUUCAAAUUUGUUUAUUUGUUUUUUACAAGGAAAAUAUGAUACUAUCAAAGACACAAUGCAUGAUUUUUUGCUGAAAACGGCCUAGGUCCACUAUGGUGACCUCGGAAACGGCAAAAUAAACUAAAUGGAGAAACAUUUG